UAUCGGCCAAAUUCUUUUUAGGGUAUAGAACUAAUAAAUCCGGCUUUCAGAUUAUUUUAAAGUUUUUACUUUUGUCUUUCCCCCUCUCCCAAAUUCCGGUAUAGAUACAAAAACCAAAGCUAAACAAUUAUCAAACCUCAAGUCAAUAGCCAAAAAAGCUCUGAAACCUAAAUCAAACACACACACACACACACACGCACGCACACACGCAAGCAAUCAAAACAAUCGGAACGAAUGAAAAUCAAACAAGAGAAUACAACCAAAAUAACAAGGGAAACAAAAAGGAACAGAGAAAUACAUGCACAAGCGUAUACAAGCACACACACACGCAUCCAGAGAGAAGAAAGAAAGCCAAAGAGCAGAAGCAAUGAACCCUCCUCGGCCCAGGUUGUUGUACAUGCGCCAGCACCGACUCCAGCCGGCGCUGCAUUGGGGACCCAACGAGGAGCAGCAACACGAUUACGAUCGUUUCAUACCGCCGUUGGUAGCGGCGCGCUUACAGCACGAGAACCCCAUGGAUGUGGCUCGGUUCGUACAGAACCUUCGGAUCAUUUUGCAACGCCAGCGCGUCCAUUUCGACAUGGGCGAGGGCGAUGGGAUCCACGUGUGGAGUUGGCGCCUGCCGCCCCGGGCGAUCGAUCAGGAUGGCGGCGGCGAUGACAUACGUCUGCGUCGACGGCUGCAGGCGCAAAUGCUGCCGGUCGUCCAUAGGCUGCCCGAGGCGGACUAAUUCUCGACAGGCAUGAAACCAAUACCCGCAUUUCCUUGUUUUUCGCCCCAUCCCAUUCGCUCCUUCAGUUGAGACAGACGCCGGAGCGGCACCGGGACUACAAUUUGUGAGGCGAAUCCGCCGCUCUCGAUUUGUGUGACGCGCAUUUUGCAGAUGUAAGUGGCAUAAACCCAAAAAUGAUGAAACAGAGAGAGAAAUCCGUAAUAGCUUGAAUAGGCAGACGAUGUAUGCUCUUCUGACCACCUACUCGUGACACUAACCCUAGCCGAAAGCUCACAUUCCAUUACUACGCUAGAAAUAGAGCGGCACACAGAUUUCCUCAACCUUCCAGCUUCUUGCCCUUUUAUUUGUUUUCGUUAUUGUCUAUUUCGGGCAAUGGGCGCACCGAAGCAAAUGCUAAAAGCGAGAGCCGGCUGAGCAGUCUAGCAGGGAGUUGAGAGAGCAUCGGAGGAGGAGCAGCAGGCGGACAGACGGUACACGCACGCAUAUAAUAAUUUCCUGUUCAAUGAGCAAUUACUGUAAUAAAGAUACAUCUCGGCUACUCUAUUAUACGCAUCGCAUUUAUAUGCCCCAACUCCCCCAUAACUUCACUCCCCCAACCGACUAACUCAGGGACACCAAAUUUGGUCUAGUCCAUGACAAUGAUGAUGAUGAUGAGAGUGAAAACGGAAGAGGAGUGACAUCACACAUAGAGCAUGGAGGCAGGAGAAAAGCCCAAAAAGACGAGACGAAUACCAGAUUCAAGGUCUAUACAAUUGCAGCUUGCCGCGAUGGCCUCGAUUACAAUUGUCGAUUGCCUAGCCUGGGUUGGGACUCACAUCUACUUCAAGCGCUAGGAGAUUAGACUAUAACAAGAACUGGGGCUAUAUAUAUAUAAGAAGAGAAAAUUGGAGUGCGCAAAAUCGAAA